AUGCCUGCCCCAACUACGUACUGCAACAUCGAAGUCGUGCAGUUCUGGCAAGGCCAGCAAGAGUAUCUUCAGCCUCAUCCCCUUCACUGGGCUAUCUUUAUCCCAACCGGUCCUGGUAUCGGAAACAUGUACCACAUCCUAGGAAAUACCGAUACCUACACCAUGGACUUCAGACGCAACCAGCCACACGCCAAAUCCGAUGGCUGGCGCGGAAGCUUUACCAUAGGAAGAGUGGCCGCGCAUCAACUGGCCCUGUUCGAGAGGCACCUCGCAAGCGUCCCUAUCAUACGUCACGACCCCGCAUGGAACUCCCAGACCUGGGUGUGGGAUUGUCUUCGCCAUCUACGACACCAUUUUGAGAUCAGCUGGGAGUUUAGACAAUCGGACCUCCAAACGAAGAUGUGCUGCCUACUGGAGGAUUGGGAAUUCGGUCGAAUUUAG